AUGUCCGCUACAACAAGUUUGGCCACAAAGAGAGAGACAGCAGUUGAACUGCCUAAGCCACCCUUUAUUGAUGUCCCAGGGCUUCCAAACUUUCGAGAUGCCGGCGGUUACCCGAUCGACUCCCAGCCUGGCCGUAUCCUCAAACCGGGUGUCAUCUUUCGCUCUGCAGAGCCCUCACGUCUGACCGACCAGGGCAUCUCCCUUCUCCAGGAUCUCGGUAUCACCCAUGUUUAUGAUUUGCGCUCCACCAUCGAACUCAAGCGCCUCGCCCAGGCCGGCACAAACUGUGAUGUCCGUGAAUGGCCCGGUGCCACGCGUGUCUUCGUACCAGUUUUCCGGGAUCAGGACUAUGGCCCCGAGGCCAUCGCCUUGCGCUAUCGCAAUUACUCCAGCAAUGGUACUGAGGGAUUUACUAAAGCUUACGCCGACAUCCUUCGUACCGCCUCGGAACCUGACCAUCCUCAAGACCCCUUUCGCACCAUUCUUGUCCACUUGGCUACUCCGGAACCCCCAUCUCCGUUUCUCGUGCACUGCACUGCUGGCAAAGACAGGACCGGCGUCAUUUGCGCACUUAUCCUCAGCCUAUGUGGUGUCUCGGACGAGGUUGUCGCUCACGAGUACAGCUUGACCGACAUUGGCCUCCAAGAUCGUAAGGAAGAGAUUGUCAAGCAUCUUUUGGGCACCGAGGCUCUCAAAGGAAACCCCGAGGGUGCUCGUCGCAUGAUCGGAUCCCAGAAGGAAAAUAUGCUAUCUACCCUCGCCGUGAUCCGUCGUGAGUACGGAUCGGUCGAGGCAUACGUGAGACAUAGGUGUCGCUUAUCGCCAGAGGCUGUAGAGCAGAUCCGCAAGAACCUCAUAGUAGACGUUGCGGAUGGACAUCGGGCAGUAGACUGGGUCUCGCAUACCAAGAACUUGCUUUGA